AUGGCUUCACCAAGUACUCCAUCUCUCCUCUUCCUCAUCGGUCUCUUCUUCUUUAUCUCAGCCUCCGCAGAUCCCGACAUGCUCCAAGACCUUUGCGUCGCCAACAUCUCAUCCGAAGUCAAACUCAAUGGCUUCCCUUGCAAAGACGCAGCUUUAGUCACAUCACUCGAUUUCUUCUCACAAGGCUUAGCAGUGGCAGGUCUCACAAACAACACAUUUGGUUCCUUAGUCAGAGGAGCUAACGUAAUGACAAUCCCUGGACUCAACACACUCGGUGUCUCUCUCUCACGUAUAGACUACGCACCAGGAGGCUUAAACCCACCUCACAUGCACCCACGUGCCACCGAAAUUGUCUUCGUUCUUAAAGGAACUCUUGACGUUGGGUUUCUCACAACGACCAAUAGGCUCAUCUCUCAGUCUCUCAAGAAAGGAGAUGUCUUUGCUUUCCCUAAAGGACUCGUCCAUUUCCAAAAGAACAGUGGACGUACUUCAGCUUCUGUGAUCGCUGCUUUCAACAGUCAGCUUCCAGGAACUCAGUCUCUUGGUGCUACUUUGUUCGGUUCUACACCUCCUGUCCCUGACAACAUCUUGUCUCAAGCCUUUCAGACAUCUCCAAAAACUGUCAAAUAUAUUAAAACCAUGUUCCAACCCAAAAAAUGA